CAACCGUUACGUUUUGCGUGAGCGAAGGCGAAGAGACGCCACCUUGCCGAAUAGCGAGGGUUUUUGUAGUUUUUCAAGAAGGCUCUCCAGAUUGAAAUAUUUUGUCGGCGGGUGUUAGUACUCAUGUUUAUUUUCUGUUGCCUCUGUUAGUAAUCAUAAUUGAUUCAGGCAAGCCCACUUGGAGGUGUAUCAUUUAGUGGUUGUGGAUUCCGGAUGAGGUAGGCCCUGGUUGUCUGUCAUCAUGAAGGUUGUUUUGAAGAGUGUAUCUGGGGAAUCUAUCACAGUUCAAGUGCACGCACAGGAUACGGUAGGGGAUCUGAAGAAUCGGAUCCAAACUCAAAUGGGAAUUCCAUUUGACUUCAACCAACUGAAGAUUCAAGGAAAGCCUCUCACUGAUGACACUUUAGUUGUUGAAUAUUUUUCCCCAGCUGCUGAUAAAAAGACUCGUGAACCUGUACCUGAUCAAGGGAGAUGGGAUAUUCCACCGUUAGAGUGCGCUGUGCCAGGCUGUGGCAAUUCAAAGUCAUCUACACCCGAUCGGUCAUUUUUCCGUUUUCCAAUUCACACUGCUAACCGAUGCCAGCACUGGGUUGUGGCCUGUAGAAGAACUGAUCUCAUUGACAAAGCCCCUGCAUUUCUGAAUCAUCACUAUGCUAUCUGCUCUGACCAUUUUGCACUGGAUCAGUUCACAAAUGCAUCUCGAAAAGUGUUAAAGCGUAAAGCUAUCCCCAGCAUCUUUACUUGGCACUCUGAGGAGAGCAAUGAAUUUAUAACUCCAGAUGCCCUUCACUCUGAUUCCAUCCAAAUAAAUGAAUCAACACCAGUAAUGGUCAAAAUGGAACCUGUGGAUGUGGGUACUUCCUCUCCCAUAACAUUACUCUCAGCUGAUAUGCCAGUAGUCAGUAUGGAUGUUUCUGGUUCUGUAAGUGCUGAGAACAUCAUGGGGGAUAUCAUAAGUGAUGAUGAAGAAGAUGAUGAUGAAGGAAUGGAUGCUGAGGAUGAAUUUGAAUUGGACGAUGAUUCAGACACCAUACACCCUGGUCUUUUGUGUCGGCUUUGUGCAAAUACUGUUAGUGACCCUGUUUAUAUAUUCAGUGAAAAUGGAAAAGACUUGGAGCUAGCAGCCAAAAUCAACAUUUGUUUACCUGUUACAGUUAAAAGGACUGAUCCAUUGCCCAAACAGCUGUGUGUUGACUGUAAAUCAAAAUUGGAUGAAUAUCACGAGUUUGCUGAAGUGUGUGUUCAGGCAGAGGAAAAACUUCGUCUUCUCACAAAAAAGAAAAAUUUCAAAGUCUUGAAGCGUGGUACUAAAGAAACAACAGGUGUUGUCCCAAAUGCACAUACUCCACUUCAUAAUGAAAAUGAUCAAAAUGGGGCAGAUGAGAAUGAUUUACAAUCAAAAUCGUCGAAAGCUCCUACUUCUUUGAGACUUGUUGGUUCUGACUACUGCUGUCCCCUUUGUGUGGAAGGAAGCAUGACUCAGGAUGUUGAUUCUGAACCAGAUGUGGAGUUUGAUGGAAUGCACCAAAAGAGAGAGUUAGUGCGUGCAUUCAGGAGGAAAGCUCGUCACUUGAGAAAUGCACCAGGACUCAUGCCCGGCAUGAAAAUUGAAGACUCGGAGGAAGAGGAAGAGGAUUUCGAUGAAGAUGAUGACUCUUCUGAAACUACUGAAGCAGAAGGGGAUGGUGAAGGAAGUCAAGAAGCGGAUGGUAUCAUUGCUGAGCUAAAUACAACAGCUGGAGUUUAUGCAACUUUUGUUGGCAACACAGAUGAUCUGUGGAAUGAUGAUGAUGACAAGUCAGACUUGGGUACAGAAUGCAGCUACCCCAUGAGUGACUCAGAAAAUUUGGCUUCUAUACCUGAAGAAAUGGAAAUUCAGAUGCAGCUUGAGGAUGGACGGCAUGAAGUAAUUCAAAUUGAACGGGACACCAUUUGUCGACACUGUGGUGAACCAUUCCCUGCCCUUGAACCUGCAUUAGAACAUUCAAAGGUACAUGCUGAUGUAAAUAGCAAUCCAUGUGCUCUGUGUGACCUAGCUUUUGAAAGUAUAGAAGACCUGCUUGAGCACUUCAAAGAGCAUCGAGAAGAGGAACUAAACAGGAGACGACGAGCUCUGAACCGACUCCAAUGUGAAACUUGUGGACGUCGUUUUAACAAGGAAACCACCAUGGAAAAACAUCAAUGUGCUGUUGUUGCCAAAAGCAAGGAGAAACGAGCAUUUAGAUGUCUGCAAUGCAAAAAGGCUUACACAUCAGAAGAUAGACUUCUGUUCCAUCAGCAGUUUCAUGAUGGUGCUCCAGCAAAUCUCUGCAUACCAUGUGGCAAGAUGUUUGAAACUGAAAGUGCACUUUACCAUCACUCAAGGAGUGUUCAUCAACGAGAAAAGCCAUUUGUUUGUGAAACUUGUGGUAAAAGAUUCCAUUCUAAUGCUAGACUGAAAACUCACAUGAAUUUCCAUACAGGAGAUAGACCUUUCCCGUGCAAGAUGUGUGACAAGAAGUUUAUGGACAAGGAUACUUUGAUGAGUCACAUGGUUGUGCAUAUGAAUGUGAAGCCUUAUCAAUGUGAACAUUGUGGUACUUAUUGUGGUCGAAAACAUUUACUCAAGAAGCAUUUAGCAUUAUUCCAUGGUGAACAGAUUAAUAAAAAACGCACUCCAUCUCUUAUUCACUAUGAAUGUAAAAUUUGUCAGGAAACUUUUACCACAUCAUCAGAAGUUGUUCUGCAUCGCACUCGACAUUGGGUUGUUCAGGAAGGGCAAGCUGUAGACCCCAGCAAAGUACACAUUUGUGAGUACUGUGGUGAUGUAUUCUCUCACGGAAAUUCUUUGGGCAAACAUAGAAGAGAAAUGCACCCCGAUGAGCAGCCUUAUGUGUGUAGUAUUUGUGGUUCUACUGCGGGCACUUUGUAUGAGGCAAGAGAACAUCGCAGGACUCAUACCAAUCAGGAAGAUAUAUCUGAACCCGAAGUGGGAAAGAAAAAGCGCCGCAAACAUUCUCUCAUUCCUAAGCUCUACUUUUGUGAUGAGUGUGGAAAAGGAUUCAUGUCCGAACGACCUUAUCAAAAGCAUUUACGGUCCCAUCAAGCACGCCAAGAGAAAAAUCUUAUGUGCCAAGUUUGUCAUAAAAAGUUUGCUGAAAAACAAAGACUUUUGGAGCACAUGCAGAUUCACACGGGUAUCAAGCCUUACGAAUGUUCUGUGUGUGGCCGUCGAUUUUCCCAGACCAGUUCUAUGUAUACUCAUGCUCUCAUACACACUGGUGAGAAACCCCAUUCUUGUGAUUUGUGUGGUCGUGGGUUCCGAAUCAAAGCAGAUCGCGACAAUCACCGACGCACUCAUACCGGUGAGAAACCCUAUAAGUGUGAAUGGUGUGGUCAACAGUUCAGGACGGGACAGGUAUAUUAUCAACAUCGCAUGAUUCACACUGGAGAAAGAAGAUUUCCUUGUGAUGUUUGUGGGAAAGCAUUCAAACGGUCGCACACACUAGUUGUUCACAAACGCAUUCACACAGGUGAAAAGCCUAAUAUAUGUGACAUAUGUGGGAAAUGCUUUAGGCAGAGGAGUGACAUGAGGAAACACCGCAACCUCCACGGAACUACUCAAUCAUAAAUCAGCAUUUGUGAGAAAAAGUUUGUACUAGUCCAAAUCGUAAAUAUAUAGAGAAAUCUCUCUCCUUGAUUGUACCAUGAUGACAUGGGAUAGUGUUGAAAUGUAUUUCUGAUCUUGUCUGCAAAGGUGUGCUAUAAGUUAAGUCAAUAUGUCAAUCUAUAAUCCAAGUUGAGAAAGUUUGGCUCAAUUAUAUUUUAAAGAUUAAAGACUACUUUUGUCUUGUGGGAAGAUACAUUGAUCACUCAUUCUUGAUUUUCUCCAUUUUACCUACCCAACAUGAGAAACCUGUAAAUCGUGCCAAUUUCAUUAUUAUGUAAUCAAAGAUGAGUGACUAAUUAGAUCUUCUUAAUUAAUUAAGGUUUAAUAUUAUAAUUCAAUCUUCUCUUAUUGAUUUGGAGUUAAAUGAAUGGCAUAGGCUGUGUUUAGAAUUAUCAGACUUAUUAUGUUACGAUGAAAUUCUAUGUGUAAGUGUUAACAUUAGUAGUAUUGUUAGAGUAUUUCCACUGCAAUAAAAUUUUUAUUGUCUUAAUAAAAAUCUAAUAUUGCUUUCCACAAUUCUUCCACAGUACCGAAGCAGUUGUCUUAACUUGAUGGUUCUAUUUCAUUGAAUGUUUGGCUCUGUGCUUUCCUUGUGUAAGGAAUGAGUAGUUAGGUGUGGUACUGUGUUCAUAUAUUUUGAAAAAUAUUUUUAGAUCACUUAAUGUAUUGAAAUGGAUGAAAUUGCCAGUCUUUUGUUGUAUUAAAAUUGAUUGUUGCCUUAUCUCCAGUUUUUAAUAGAUUUAAAAUAAAAUCAAGACUGGUGAAACUCAAAUGCCUUGCUUCCAUUACUACAAAAAUAUUCCUGACCCAUUAGCUUAAAAUAGCGGGUGGUCCUGAAUUGGUCCUUUUCUAAUGUUUGUUUUUCUUGUACUUUGUUCCUAGUAUUCAAAUGCAUGUAUGUGUCUGAAUAAGUGAGCUCACAAUACACUAGGCCAUCUAGA